UGCCAUGACAACAGGACGGUGGCUGCCAGCAAGAGCAGAGAAAUGUGAUUUUUGUGUGAACGAGGAGUAACAAACCGCGGGUUUUACGGACUGGCUCGUGUAUAUGAGGAGGCAGCAUGUCUCUCUUCAAGGCCCGUGAUUGGUGGUCGGCAGCGCUUGGCGAGGGGGAGGAGUUUGACCAGGGAUGCCUCUGUGUUGGAGACGUGGACAACAGUGGCACCGGACAUGACAAGGUGGUGGUUGGCAGCUACAUGGGGAUGCUGCGAAUAUUCUCCCCACAUGCCAGUAAGUCCAGCGAGGGAGUUCCGGUGGAAGCCCAGCUUCUGGAAGUCCAGCUUCAGAACGCCAUCAUCCAGGUGGAAGUGGGCAAGUUUGUCUCGUGUUCAGAGCUUGUUCAUCUCGCUGUUCUUCACCCCAGGAAGUUGUCAGUCUACUCUGUUUCAGGCACUGCUGGAAACGUGGAGCACGGUGACCAGUACCAGCUGAAGCUGGUUUAUGAACACAAUCUGCAGAGAACAGCCUGCAACAUGACCUACGGCACCUUUGGAGGGGUUACAGGUCACCACUCCCUGUGUAUUCAGUCCAUGGACGGGAUGCUGAUGUUCUUCGAGCAGGACAGCUACUCCUUCGGCAGGUUCCUCCCUGGUUUCCUGCUGCCCGGCCCACUGGUCUACAACCCCAGAACAGACAGCUUCCUCACUGUUUCCUCUGCACGCCAGCUGGAGAGCUACAAGUAUGAGACUCUGUCUGUGGCCACAGAGGCAGAGAGUCGACAGGAUCCCGAACUGCCCCUCAAGACUGGAGGCAAGAGGCUGACGCCUGACUGGACGUUUGUCCUGGGAGAACAGGCGCUGGACCUCUCUGUGCCCUCCUUCUCCCACUCCUCCUCCUCCAUCUUCGUUCUGGGUGAGAGGAACCUGUACUGUCUCCGUGACAACGGCCAGAUCCGCUUCAUGAAGAAGCUGGAGUUCAACCCCUGCUGCUUCCUGCCCUACACCUCAGUGACGGAUGGCACGACCAACCUGUUGCUGGGUAACCACACCAACAUGCUGCUGGUUUACCAGGACGUGACUCUGAAGUGGGCGGCCCAGCUCCCAGUUGUGCCUGUGGCCGUUCGCAUCGCCAAUUUCCUGGAUUUAAAAGGAGUCGUGAUCAGUCUCAGCUCUGAUGGUCACCUCCUGUGCUCCUACAUGGGUACAGACCCCUCCUUCUUCUCCACGCCCAAGGUGGACGCCAGGGAGGCCGACUAUGAGCAGGUGGAUGCUGAGAUGAAGAAGCUGCAGAAGUUCAUCAGAGAGGCCACCAGGACUCAGGACAUCCUGCCUAAAACGGAUGCUGAGGAGGACCUGAUGGUUACAGCUGCCGUGUCCUCCAGCAUGGACAGCCAAUCGCAAGCUCUGAUCCAGGAUAUCAACGGUCUGCCCGUCCCUUCAGUAACCAUACAGGUGAAGGUGAAGGCCAGUUGUGUUGUACAGUCGUCUAAGCUGACCGUCAGCAUUCAGCCUCCUCUGGCCGUCACUCAGGACCAGUUUGUCCUGGAGCCCAUGGGUGUUGGGUCCUCCACAGUUGUGGCAUUUUCGGCUUUCCUCAACGGCCGUUACCCGCCUGCUGACCUGACCGGAGACAUCACGGUGUCCUACAGCUCGCCGACAGAGCUUAACCCCAAAGGAGUUCCCAGGGUUCUCCAGUCCAGGUUCAGUCUUCCUCUGGCAUUGGUGUGUGUUCCUUCCUCUCCAGCCAAAACCACCAAGUUUAAGAUCACCGUGGACACCAACCAGGCACCAGUCGACCUCACCUCCAUCUUCACAGAGUUUUCAGCAAAGUCAGAAGAUAAGGAUGGGAAUAGUUUGGCUUUCCAGUUCCUGUCAGGAGCCAAGGUUACGGUGCUGGCUUCCAAAACCUCCCAGCGUUACCGUAUUCAAAGUGACAGCUUUGAGGACAUGUGGCUGGUGGUGAAGGAGCUGGUCCAGAGAUUCGACCGACAUUUCUCCAAACUGGGAGUCAAAGACUUCAAGAAGAGCUUCAGUGGACCGCUUCCACUGCAGGAGUACUUCCUGUCUGUAGACCACCACUUCCAGCUGCGUGUCAGUGCUCAGCAGUACCAGGACCUGCUUUCAGAGCGGGCUGUUCAGUUCAGAGCCAUCCAGCGCCGCCUGCUGACCCGGUUCAAAGACAAAACCCCGGCACCCCUGCAGAACCUGGACACGCUGCUGGACGCCACUUACAGCCAGGUGAUGGCUCUGGCGGAGGCUGCGGAGGAGAACCGGGCGCUGCUGGAGGAGGCGUUUGUCCGCCUGAGGAGCGCCACACACCUGCUGGUGCUGCUGCUGUCGCUGUGGCAGGGCCUGACCCCCGACCAGACAGCCAUCCUGGAGGCCACACUGCUGCCGCUGCUGCAGGACACGCCACAGCUGGGCUGGGAGGAGAGCUGCGACGCCGCCGUGUCCCACCUCCUGCGCAGCUGCCUCUCGCGGAGCACCAAGGACCAGGCCACCUCUCUGGCCCAGGCAGGGGGCCCCGUGCUGGGCCUCCCCCAUGACACCGCCCGCCUCAAGAAGCACAUCACCUUGCUAUGCGAUCGAAUUGGCAAGGGAGGCCGCCUCACCCUGGCCUCUGAGGCCAACCUCCAGGUCCCCGUCCAGGUACAGAACCUGGCUGCUCCAGGGGGUGUUGAGCCCAUUGCUGAAGUGGCCGGCGACGGGGAGGAGCUGGAACUUCCACAGGAAGCGACCAAGUUCAUCAAGAAGAAACAGCCGUCUAAGAAAGUCAAGAAAGACAAGAAGGAGGUGUCGAGGGAGACGUCAGAGGCCUCUGUGAAAGAAGAAGCGGAAGGUGCAGAGGAGCCGGUCAAGGAGGCGAAAAAGGAGAAGAAGGAGUCAUCCAAGGAGAAGAAGGAGUCGAAGAAGGAUUCGAGCAAGGAGGCCAAAGAGCCCAAGGAGGAGGCGAAGAAGGAGCCCAAGAAGGAAUCCUCCUCGUCCAAGGAGAAGAAGGAGUUGUCGAAGGAGAAGAAAGAGAAGGACAAAGACAAAGACGGAAAGGAGGCCAGCAAGGAGUCGGGGGACAAGAAAGUGUCCCGGAAGUCGUCCGUGAAAGUGAAAGAGAAGAAGAAGGAGCCGGAGCCUGCAGAGGGCUGACGGGAGCGGCUCACAUGACAUGCAGACAGCAACACACGAUGCACGUCCACACAUCACACACCGACACACAACAUAAACCUGUGUGUGUGUACAGCGUCCAUGUAAACAGAACCACACACACACACACACACAUGCAGUCUAAACAUGCAUUUACAUGUAAAUAUACUCAUUCAAGGCCAAAUGUCUCGGUAGCAAAGCAGUUUCCUCUCAGACGCAUAUUUACAUCAUCGAGUAAUAGUUGAUCCUCACACACACACACACACACACACACACACACACACACACACUUCCUGUCUCUGGGCUGCUGCAGCACACCACAUCCAGUAGUUUUGGUGUGUGUGUGUGUGCGUGCGCGCUGGGCAGACGUGGUGAGGUCUGAGCCCACGGAGAGCGAGGAGGAAGGCGAAAUCCUCCUCCUCUUUUCCCCAGACAUUUCGCUGACUCUCUCCCUCUUCCUCCUCCUCCUCCUCCUCCUGGUCCUCUUCGUCUAGCCUCAGCAGCAGUUGAACCCACAGCCCUGCGCCUCCCUAAUCCCAGUCAGGCCCCAAACCACCCCCCCGCCCACGCACGCUUCUGGAUGUGACGUCGGACCCGCCCUCUCGCCCCCUCGCGUGGCACCGGGCCCCGCCGGAGCCUCCCCCGCCUCACCGCUAAGAAUAAAUGGCCUGCUGCGUCCAGCAGCCUCGCUGCUUCCGGGUAAAUCAAGGCCACAUCCUACAGCCACCACCACCGGCACCACCCCCUCUGACCUCUUCCAGUUGGUUUUGUUUUUUAAAUCUGGGACACCCAGGGACACGCGGCGGCUGAUGGACACAUACUUGGUCCCACGGGGUCGAACCUGAGACUGUUUUUGUACGGUGGAAACCAACAGGGCGUGUCUGGAAAAAAAAGGAGACGAGCCGACGGCGCCCAAGGCUUUUUCUGCUCAUCUUCAACACCGUGAUGAAGAAGAGGCUGGACAUCACACGCGCUCCAAGGCACUGUGUCGUCGAUAACACCAAGAUCACGUUUAACCAACUACACACGGUUUGAAACGUUACUGCUGCCAGAGCGAGAGGAGGGGCAGCAGGUAAACGGGGGUGUCGGUUCUGAGGUCCACUGUACAGGUACUAACUGAGGUCAAAAGAUCAGCUGAUUGGACAGAUUUUCUUCCUGUUCCUGGUGUCUAGCCAUGCAGAAUGAAUGAGGUGUUGAAAUGUUACCUGUUCUUUGUCACUGUAAGGAUUGGACAAACACACACACACACACACACACACACACACACACACACACACGCAUCAUUUAGGAGCUUUGAGCUGAAUCUGUGCCAGACUUGAAGCUUACAGACUUCAGCCAUAGAUGCUGUGCCAGCCAAGCAGACGCUCCAGCAGCUCAGUCCUCCUCUAAACGUCUGCACCAUGUUCAGCUUCAGGCCGUCUGUCCACUGGGAGGCUUUUUCUACCUGACUGAAGUGCAGGUCGUCGCUUCUCUUGUUGUUAUCUGACUGAUUUUUAGGGUUUUUAAAUGUUAAAUAUUAGGAACUUUUAGCUCAGAUCAGCUUCAAAAGCAUCAGCUCAGGAGGAUUGGUAGAGUAGUGUGUGAUGUUACAGCGGUUGCCAUUGGACACAAAGUACUACCUACAUGUUACUGUUUGAGAAAACCUUGUAUGUCUGUAUAUAGAGUAGGUUUUGCACUGUCGUGUUAGCUGUCGAGAUGUACCAGACUCCUGCUCCGAGUCUGCUUUUAUAGCCACAGUUCAUUCCAGGAGGAGCAGCUCUGCACUUCAAACCCGCUGCCCGUCGUCAUCAACGUGCAGCCUGAAGAAGAUACCCAACCAAACCAAACUCUGAGAAUGAAAUAAACCCUAUUUAUGAAACAUUUAGUAAUAAAAGUAAUCUACUGU